AUGAAAGUAGCACUGGAAGAGCAAAUACCUGACAUGACAAAAAAUGUUGAUAGUACAAUACAAGAAACACGUGAUUCUACAACAAGAAAUCAACUUCCAGUUGUCACUGUUCCUAGCAAAUUUAUGAAACAUGUUAGUUUAGUAUCGUUAACAUUGCAAAACGUUAUCAGUAUUCUAUUAUUACGAUAUGUUCGUACAACAUCUGGUCCACGUUUUUUUAAUUCAACGGCAGUAUUAAAUUCAGAAAUACAAAAAACAAUUUUAUCCGUAAUACUCGUUAUUGCUGAAGAACGAAAUAUAAUUAAUGCAUUUAAAUUAAUUUAUCAUAAAAUUGUUAAACAACCAUAUGAUACACUUAAAACGGGUAUACCAUCAUUAUUGUAUACACUUCAAAAUAAUUUAUUAUUUGUGGCUAUAUCAAAUUUGGAUGCAGCAACAUUUCAAGUGAGUUAUCAAUUGAAAAUUUUUACAACAGCCAUUUUUAUGGUAUUUAUGUUACGUCGUCAACUUGGUGUAAUUCAAUGGAUCUCACUUUUUCUAUUAUUUCUUGGAAUAUCUUUAGUACAGAUAGAAAAUAUGACGUCGACAACACCUAAACAAGAUGUUAAUGCUUUAGUUGGAUUAUUAGCAGUUAUAAGCGCAUGUACAUUAAGUGGUUUAGCUGGUGUAUAUUUUGAAAAAAUUUUAAAAGGUUCAGAAACUUCAGUAUGGAUUCGAAAUAUUCAAUUAGGCGUAUUUGGAAUGUUUUUUAGUUAUUUAACAAUGUAUAUUUCCGAUGGUCAAGAUGUAAAAAAACAUGGUAUUCUAUAUGGUUACACUCAUAUGGUUUGGUUAGCUAUUACUGUGCAAAGUGCUGGAGGUUUAAUUGUUGCAUUAGUUGUUAAAUAUGCUGACAAUAUUUUAAAAGGUUUUGCUACAUCGUCCGCUAUUAUUCUCUCAUGUAUCAUCUCCAUGAUAUUAUUUGAUUUUCAAUUAACAAUAUUAUUUGCAUUAGGAUCAUUAUUGGUAAUAUUUUCAAUAUUUCUAUAUUCGAAACCAGAUUUAAUCACUCAAAUACCAAUUUUAAAUGUAAUAUUAAAGGAUAAACUGACAGUAUAUUAA